AUGACGCGCCCGAAGCGGCCUCCGCCUCCUUUCUCUCGCGUUCCUCCUCCACGUGGCUCCGGAGCGGCGGAUCUGGCACGGCUCUGCGGCGCCCCCGAGCGGCCAAGCCCGAGAGGAGCUCAGCCGGGGCCGCCGCCGCCGCCCCCCAACCCCAGCGCCACCAUGGUGGGCAAGGCGAGGAGGUCCCGGGCGGCGAGCGCCACGCGCAAAAGCCUCCCGGACUCCGGGAGGAAGAAGCCGCCCGCCCCGCCGAACCUCCCCCUCCGGGAUCGGGCCUCCAAAGGCAAGGGGGCGCCGAGCAAGAAGCCCCCGAACCCGGAGAUCCCCGAAGCGGAGCCCCCCGAGGCGGCAGCGGCGGACGACCGCGGCGCCCUGGCCCUGGGGGCGCAGACUGAGCGCUGGCUCCAGUUCCAAAAGCGCCAGCGGGUGAGCUGCGAGGAGGCGGCCAAGCUCUUGCUGGAUACCUUCGAGUACCAAGCUCUGGUGAAACACACAGGGGGGUGCCACUGCGGAGCCGUCCGUUUCGAGGUCUGGGCUUCGGGCGACCUCCACGUCUUCGAUUGCAAUUGCAGCAUCUGUGCUAAGAAGCAAAACCGGCAUUUCAUUGUUCCCGCUUCUCGCUUCAAGUUGCUGAAGGGCGCUGACAACCUCGCCACGUACACCUUCAACACCCACUGCGCCCGGCACACUUUCUGCAAGACGUGUGGCGUCCAGAGCUUCUAUACGCCCCGCUCCAAUCCAGAUGGCUACGGAAUCGCCCCGCACUGCCUGGACGAAGGCACGGUGAACAGCAUCACCGUGGAGGUGAUCAAUGGCAAGCAGUGGGAGGAGGCCGUGAAAGCUCACCCCAGCAUACGGAGUAUGUCGAAACCGUGACCCCGCCAAUCCCAGCAGCAUAGGUGCCCCCAGCUGGUCACCCC